UUUAGGUUGUUGUAAUUUUGGCAGAGGAUUUUUCUUUUUAAAUUAUUACAAGAAUUAUGUUUUAAAUUCGUGCAUAAUUUAUUCCUGUUAUAAUAUUAUUGGUGCUUUUUAUUAUAUAUUCACAAUGGUGGUGUUUCGCCUUGUAACUUUUGAUGUUACUGGAACCUUGUUGAAGUUCCGCAUGUCACCAGGUGAAAAAUAUGCUGAGGUAGCUGCCAGUUUUGGACUUAAAGUUGAGCCUCGUAUAUUAACCGCCAAUUUUAAGACACAUUUUCGUGACAUGUGUGUUGAGCAUCCAAAUUUUGGACUUUUAACAGGUAUUGGUUGGAAGAAAUGGUGGACUGACGUUGUUUUCAAAACAUUUGACUUCGGAAGUGGUUGUGCAACGCACGAAGUUGAAGAGAACAUUCUUAGAAGCAUAGCAGAAACGUUGAUUGAUGACUAUAAAAAAUCUGAAUGUUGGGUGGUCACAAAUGGUUCUGUUUCUUUGUUGUCUAACUUGAAAGACUUAGGUAUCUGUUUGGGAGUCGUGUCAAAUUUUGAUGGUAGACUGAAGAAAGUCUUGGAAUCAACAGGCUUACGAAAAUAUUUUGAUUUUGUUCUUGCCUCAUAUGAAGUGGGGUUCGAAAAACCAGAUGCCAGAAUUUUCAACAAUGCACUUUGUUGUACACAGAAAGUAUUACAGCCAAAUCAAGCAUUACAUGUUGGAAAUGAUCCUUUUCUAGAUUAUAAGGGUGCUAGGAAUGCAGGUUGGAAUGCUGUGCUGAUAAGCAAUGACACCCAUAUAUUUAAUACAUAUGAUAUAGAUAAGCAGUUUGUAUUUCCUAGCCUAAACAAGUUAAGUGCUUUUCUCAAAGCUGGAAAUUAAUUCAAUUGAUUUCAAGACCAAGGGUCACUAAUUGUAUCAUGUACAUUCUGUAUCUAUGUUCUUCAGUACAAAUUUAAUAAUUGGUGAGG